AAUUUUUUUAUGUUAAAAAUGGGAUUUCCCGUAUUUUAUUAAUAAUAUAGCCAGUGGGCUUAGUAUUGGCUUAUGAGCGGGAAUUUAAUUGGGCUAAGCGUAAAAAAAUUUAAACUGUGGCUAGGCGCUUAUUUGGGUAACAUCACUAUUCUUAAAUUAAAUGAUUUGUUACAAAAAUUUGGUUACAGUCAUUUUUUACACGUCAUAUAUGUCAUAUAUAAAAAUCAUCUUUGUUGAUUUCAGUAAUUCGAAUUCAUAUUUUUCUUCCUCCAUCCCUUUGAUCGAAAAAAAAUUAUUAUUAUUAUUUUUUUUUAAUCGAAAUUAUUUAACGAAUUUGAAAAAAAUAUAAUCAUGCCUCCAAAACGUGAUAAAGAUUCAGAAUAUGAACCAUCGUCUUCCGAUUCGGAAAGUGAAGAAUAUAUUGAUGAUACCGCAGAACAAUCUUCUUCACAAAAAGGUAAAAAAAAGAAAAAAUCAACAAAAGAAAAGAAGCCUCCUGUAAUUAAAUCUCCUAAUAAAAAGAUUAGUGGUAAUAUUACAAAUACCGAAGGAGAUAUCGGUGGAUCAUCUGAAUAUGAUGAUUUAUUGUCAGGUUUUCCUCUCCCUUCUCAUUCAAGACCUCAAGUUUUUAAUAAAAAUAUUUCCAUGAUCGGUUCUCUUAAUAUUCAAGCUUUCGGAACUAAAAAAUCUUCUAAUAAGAUUAUUAUGAGAAUUAUUGCUGAUAUUUUACGACAUUAUGGUAUUAUAUUAUGUCAAGAAAUUCGUGCAAAUGAAGAUAUUAUUCAAGAACUUGUUAAUGAAGUAUCUACACCAGCCACGCCAUAUGCUUACGUGGCUAGUCAUCCUAUUGGACGAUCUACUUAUCAAGAAAGAUACGUUUUCUUGUAUCGAAGUAAUGAAUGGAAAGUUUUGGAGGAUUAUGUUAUCGAUGAUGAUGAUAAAUUGGGAGAUAAAUUUAUAAGAGAACCUUAUGUUGCCAGAUUUCAACAUUUAGAAAGAAAAAAUGUUAGAAUUACACUUGUUGGUUGCCAUACUCGACCGGAUAAUGCGUUUGAAGAAAUUAAUACGUUAGUUAAUACAGUUUAUAUGGAUGUUAGAAAGAAAUUACAACGGGAUAAUGUACAAGAAAAAAGGCAAUUAGAUAAAGAGACAGGACCAAAGGAACCAAAUACAUUCAUUUCAUUUUUACAACGUAUCUUUUGUUGUUGUUGUGGAGGUUAUUCUCAUGUCUCUACACGAGAUUUUUCCGAAGAAUUAGCUCCUUCAGGUGCAGACACUAAUGAGCCCAUUAUAAUGAUGGGUGAUCUUAAUGCUGCAGGUUCUUAUGUAAAUAAAUCUCAACGUGCAGAACUUGACACUAUUUUAAAGAAAAAUAAUUUAAGAUGGGGAAUUCAAGAUAAUAUGGAUACGACAGUGGCUGAUGGACCUGACACAGCUUAUGAUCGAUUUAUCUUUGAAGCUGCCAAUGAACGUAGAUGGAUUGGUAAUACUAAAGUAUGGAGAUUUGAUGAUGGUUGGUUAAAUGGAAAGACUGAUAAUGAAACAGUUAAAAAAGCCGCUAAACGUGUUACCGAUCAUUAUCCUAUUGAAUUUGAGUUGAAAUUGAAAGUAUAGGAUAAAAUUUUAUAUAAAAAUUUAU